GGGGAGGACAGCACGGCCAAGGCUGCCCAGCGGUGCCUCCUCCACACCCCCCGCCGCAGCAGCACCGACGACAGAUUUUUUAAAAAAUGGAUUUGGCCAACCAUGGACUUAUUCUCCUGCAACAGUUAAACGCUCAGCGAGAGUUUGGUUUCCUGUGUGACUGCACGGUUGCCAUCGGCGAUGUGUACUUCAAGGCACACAAAUCAGUUCUUGCUUCAUUCUCCAAUUACUUUAAGAUGUUGUUUGUCCAUCAGACCAGUGAGUGUGUGCGUUUGAAACCAACUGACAUCCAGCCUGAUAUCUUCAGCUAUCUCUUGCAUUUGAUGUACACCGGGAAGAUGGCACCCCAGCUUAUCGACCCGGUCCGCUUGGAACAGGGGAUCAAGUUCCUCCAUGCGUACCCCCUCAUCCAGGAAGCCAGCCUUGCCAGCCAAGGAGCCUUUUCUCAUCCCGACCAAGUUUUCCCGUUGGCCUCUUCCUUGUAUGGCAUCCAGAUUGCAGAUCAUCAGCUGAGACAGGCCACCAAGAUUGCCUCAGCCCCCGAAAAGCUGGCCCGAGAGCCCAGGCCGCCGACCUCCAGGGUGAGCCAGGAGCAGGUGCCUGAGGCCUCGCAGCUCUCUCAGCUGACUUCAAAUCUGGCCCAGGUGAACCGGACAAAUCUGACCCCCUCAGACCCGCUGCAGACCUCACUAUCUCCAGAACUUGUUUCCACUCCUGUCCCUCCCCCUCCUCCCGGGGAGGAGACCAACCUGGAAGCCUCCUCCUCCGACGAGCAGCCGGCAUCCCUCACCAUAGCCCACGUCAAGCCCAGCAUCAUGAAGAGGAAUGGAAGCUUUCCCAAGUAUUAUGCCUGCCACCUGUGCGGGCGGCGCUUCACCCUCCGCAGCAACCUGCGGGAGCACCUCCAGAUCCACACAGGGGUCCCCUUCCCCGCCAGCCACCAGGGGGAAAGCCGUGUCCCCUUGUCACUCUGUAGCAAUGCCACUGACCUUGGGAAGGAUGCCCUGGAAGUGCCCGAGGCGGGCAUGAUCAGUGACAGUGAGCUGCAGCACAUCUCCGACUCGCCCAUCAUCGACGGGCAGCAGCAGUCGGAGACCCCGCCACCCUCGGACAUCGCGGACAUCGACAACCUGGAGCAGGCGGACCAGGAGCGCGAGGUGAAGAGGCGCAAGUACGAGUGCUCCAUCUGCGGCCGCAAGUUCAUCCAGAAGAGCCACUGGCGGGAGCACAUGUACAUCCACACCGGCAAGCCCUUCAAAUGCAGCACUUGCGACAAGAGCUUCUGCAGGGCCAACCAGGCCGCCCGCCACGUGUGCCUCAACCAGAGCAUUGACACGUACACCAUGGUGGACAAACAGACGCUGGAGCUCUGCACCUUCGAGGAGGGCAGCCAGAUGGACAACAUGUUGGUGCAGACCAACAAGCCCUACAAGUGCAACCUGUGUGACAAGACAUUCUCAACCCCCAACGAGGUGGUGAAACACGCAUGCCAAAACCAGAACUCGGACGUCUUCGCCCUAGACGAGGGGCGGUCCAUUCUCCUGGGCAGUGGGGACUCGGAAGUAACAGAGCCCGACCACCCAGUGUUAGCCUCCAUCAAAAAGGAACAGGAAACUGUGCUAUUAGACUGAAUGUUACUUAACCUUUUUAAAAACUCGGUCAUUUUUACAAAGACUAUCUUCCCUCCCUUCCCCCAGUUCAGAACUGUAGCUCUUCAUGGCAUGAUGCGAACAGGUCCCUGUUCCCCGUUCUUUCUCCUCUCCCCAGCCCCAGCCCCACCUCUGUAAAGGCUUUGUGCAUUAUAAACCUGGAAUAUAUUUACUUUAAUUCAGGGGCUAUUGGAAAGAUAAUGGUCAGUAGUACUGAUAAACGCAAAUCGAUGUGGAGAAGUUUUAGAUUGUUUAAAAGUAUACUUGGAACUAAUGAAGAGUAUAUGACAAAACAAAACAACCAGAAAGCUAAAAUUAUGACUUUCCCUGGGUAAUAAGUCUUCCUUCUCAGAAAACCAAUGUCAGAAAAGAUAGCAAGCUUCUUAGAGAUACAGCUGGGCUCUGUACUAUGCAAAAUCUAGAAGGUGUGGGGAAACUUCCAACCCAAGAAAAUGUUGUGUUUAUCUUUCCAGGUGUCUUACUUCAGAAUGCAUCGUUUAAGAUUAUGUCCAGUUAAGAAAAAUCAUUAGUUAAGAAAUCUACUUUUAACCAAACAAGAGACAAAGUAAUAAUGUGAUGGCAAUCUUAAUUUUUGGAUAAAACAUGACAAGCUGUGAGUUUGUGUGUCUGUAAGAGAAAGUGUGUGGCUACUUGCUAGAAACAGGUGAAUUAAUGCACAUGCCUUAGCUAAUUGCUGGCUUCUAAGUUGAACAACAUGCUGUAUUUUUGUUUCUGACAGAUGUGCUGUGUGUUUUAAAAAUCUGAUUCGACAGUACUGUUCUAUACAUGCCAUUUGCCAGUGUUCAUUCAUUUAAACACCAACGAGCUGCUUUUAAAUCAGUGCGUAUACCGCAGGGAAAAGGAUGGAGGAAUAUGCAACUUUCAGGGGAAGGUGUGAGCUUGUAAGCAGAUGUAGUCACUUCAAUGACUUUAAAAGUCAACGCUAAUAGUUUACUGGCAGCGUUCACUGAAGCAUCAAAACAUGGCAGAGAAAUCAGGACAAAAAAGGUCUAAUCGCUGUUUGGGAACAAACUUCAUUUUGAUGUUUAUUCUCAAAUUUUUUAACAUCCUGGAAUUUUCUCCAUUGGCCUGAAAGAUGUAAGAAAAAAAAAAAAUGUCCAUUUAUCUUCCUUUAGGCCAAUCGGAGAAUGGUCUCAUAGGAUGAACGAGGAGCCAGAAAUAAGGACCGAAGGGGAAAGGGAAGGGGAGAAUAGUUAAUAGCUAUACUGUGUGUCUAUGUUAAAAACUGAACACCCCGUCAUCCUAUUUCAUGUAUAGUUAAGUUCUCAGAUUUGUAAGUUUUUAUACAUCCUUUCAUUGAAUAAAGAUUUAAUUAAAUGGGUAUACAAUUUUA